AUGAUACAGCUUCUCCUGCUUGCGGAAGCAACCGAUGCCGUCCCGGAAGCGGCGCUCGCAUGCGCCGACCUGAAGGGCGACUGUUAUUUCUGGGCGACUGUCGGCCAUUGCGAGGACAACGCGGGCUUCAUGGCGCGUACCUGCUCGCUAUCCUGCGGGUCGUGCUCACCUCCAGACAGCGCGCCCUACCCGCUGCUGGAUAGCGCCGCUGCAGCGCCGUAUUCUUUGGCCGCUGCCGCCGAGCGGGCUGCUGCAGCUCCGGCGCCGCUGCUGCUGCUGUUUGACGGCGCGGGGAGCGGGAGCACCCAGCCGCUCGGGCUACCGGCCGGAGAGCGGAUCGUGAGCCUCUCUGCGGGCGAACUUCAUCUCCUCGUGCGGACGGCCUCCGGCGCGGUGUACGCCUUCGCGGACAACGCCAUGGGGCAGCUGGGUCGGCCGCUCUCCGCCUCGCGCCUCCCGUACACGGCGUGGCAGCCGUACGCGCUGCGGUGGCCGGGACGGAGCGGUGGGCUUGCGGCGGCGGCGGCAGUCGACGCCUGCGCAGGCCGAAUGCACUCUGCCGCCGUGCUGGCCUCCGGCGAGGUGUUUGCGUGGGGCGACAACGGGCACGGGCAGUGCGGCGUGCUUCCUGAGGAGACGCCGAUGAGCGUGGCGCCCGCCGAGCUGGAGAUGCUGGACGCGCCUCUCGCGCUGCCGGCGCGAGUCCCGCUGCCCGAGCACGCCACCGCCGUCGCGUGCGGGGAGCUGCACACCCUCGUCCUCGGCGCGUCGGGUGCCGUCUACGCGUUCGGCGACAACGGGUUCGGGCAGCUGGGCGCGCGGACCGAGCACGCCGUCGAGACGCCCCUCAAGGUGCCUCUCCCGCUCGAGAAGGGCGAGGCGGUGGUCGGCCUCGCCGCGGCCGCCUCGCACUCGCUCGCCCGCACGAGUGGCGGCCGCCUCCUCGGCUGGGGGGACAACACCCACGGCCAGCUGGGCGAGGGCCGGCGCGGCUUCACCGCCUCGGCGGCGGCGGUGCCGCUGCCGCUGCGCGCGGGCGAGGAGGUGGUGGAGGUCGCCGCCUCGUCGUACCACUCCGCGGCUCGCACCAGCGGCGGGCGGCUGCUGCUGUGGGGCGACAACUCUUUCGGCCAACUCGGCGCAGAGGCGAGCAACGCGUCGCAAGUCGGCGAGGCGCACAGCUCCGAGCCGUUCGGAGGCGUCGAGUUCGGCGCGGCCGCGCUCGCGCUCGGCGAGUACCACACGCUCGCCCUCUGCAACGCGUCUCACGUCUGGUCCUUUGGAUACAACGGCCGCUACCAGCUCGCGCGCACGCGCGGCGUGCGCUGGGACGGGAUGCCGCAGCGGGCGGAGCUGCCUCUGCCCAAGGCGGACCCGCCGUCCCUCCUCGCCGCCGGCGCCUAUUUCUCGGCCGCCGUCUCGCGCAGCGGGCACCUCGUCGUGUGGGGCGAGCACCCGAGCGCAGCCGAGCGCGCAGGCGCGGCGCCGGCGUCCGGGCUCUACACGUGGGGCGAGAACGCGGCGCGCCAGCUCUGCCGCUCGCUCGACGGCGGGCUCGACUACGACGCCGAGCCCGGCCUCGCUUCGAGCGUGGCGGGCUUGCUGCCCGACGGCGAGCUACCGGUGUUUGGGUGCGGCGGGUUCCACACGCUUGUGCACGCCGGGGGAGGGCCGGCCGUUCUCUCGUGCGGCGGCGGCGAGGAGGACGACGAGGCGGACUCCGCCGAGGACUCUGUCGUCCACCUCGCGGGCGGGCACGUGCAUUCGGUCGCACUGUCCGCAAAGGGCCGCGUGUGGACGUGGGGCUCCAACUCGCACGGGCAGCUGGGCUGGGCGCCGGUCCCUCCCCCUAGCGAGGCUGCGGUCCGGCUCUUCCCUCCCGGUGCGGUGAGGCUACCCCCGCGGCACAGGCCGGAGAGCGCGCCGGCGGCGACGGCUGCGCCGCCGCGCGUGGUGGCCGUCGCAGCGGGCGGCUACCACACGCUCGCGCUGACGGAGGAGGGAGACGUCUACUCGUGGGGCGCCAACCACCACGGGCAGCUUCUGCGCGCGUCGCCGUCGCCGGUCGAUCCGAUGCCUCGGUGGGCAGCCGUGCCGGGGAUGACUCCGGCGCCCUCUCCGGGAGUGGUAUGGUAUGAGCAGAGAGUGGUAUGGUAA